AUGACACAGCAAUCGUCGGCCAUGUCGAUUACUCAGCUUUGUCAUAUGAAUGAACCUGAAGAUUCAAAUGUCACAUUGGAAUCUGCUGCGAAUGAUACUCCAAAUAAUCAGGAGCAUUUUAUUCGUCGUUUGCCUCUUGUACACACUGCAUUAAAGGCUUAUGAAAACUCCAGUUCUGUUGUCAAAUACGGUGCUGAGAUGAUUGAAUCUUACGCUGGCCCCAUUUACGAUAAAUUAGGCUAUGAUCGCAAAUUGAAGGAGGACGCAUCUGAGGAUGACGAAACUACAGCCGCCACAACUGCACUUGCCCGUGCUUCACUUUACGAUCAUCAGCCAUUGAUGCACCAACGAUCCACUGCCACUGGUAGACGAUCUGUCAUGGAGGAAGACCGCAAAUCAAGAUCUGCUGCCUCACGCUCAACAUCGCCACACCGACCAUACACACUGCAAAGGCCUAGUAGCAAUAGCAGCAACAGCAAGAGCCGCUGGCAACAAAUUGUGCUCCAUGCAGGUUCAGCUGCAGGUACAACAGCAGCUGUUAUUAGCGAGGAAAGUAUGAAAUGUUUGCGUUACUGCCUGAGCUGGUUACAAUACGCAAUGCAGCAUAUCGAUCAACAGAUGAACUUGCUUCGUAGCUUCUUGGUGUCUUUGGCGACUGGAUCGUCAAAUGCAGCCACGACAGCAAAGAGAGAUGUAGCCAUCGUUGACGAAAAGAGCAACACACUUGCCAAGAUCAAGAAAGAGAUCGUCGAUACCCUCCGCAAAGUAGUUGAAGUAGUCAGUAAAUAUGCUGGAUCAGGAUUACCCGAACAAGCGAAAGCAAGCGUGCGUGCAUUCAUCCUGCAAUUACCCAGUCGUUGGGCCAUCUUGAACAAUACCCGUCAAACUUCACCUUCAAAUUCACCUCACGUUGGACCUGUCGCCGAUAGCCAACAACAGCCCCUCCACGAAACAUCGAUCAAGCUACUGGAUUUUGGUGGCGAGUCGAUUGAAAUGCUGAAUUCGGUUUCUAUUGUGUUUUCAGACACUAUCGAGAGAGCUGAACUCUGGAUCAAGCGCUUAAAGGUGGUUGGUGUGAAUUCGACUGUUGCUGCAACAUCCUCUAUGGAUACCAACUAA